AUGUCUCAGGGUCAGGAGAUUACGUGUUGCACACAAGAACAACACCAUGCCCACAGUGAGACCCAGGGCCUGGAGGUUGCACAGGUCUCUGAGGCUAUGGAGGAGACCUUUCCCUCCUCCUCCCAUCCUCUAACGCCUGACAACCUGGAGGAAGCUCCAGCUGCUGGGGCACCCACUACUCCCCAGAGUCCUCAAAGUGCCUACUCAUCUUCCACUAGCAUCACAGCCACCUCAUCAAGUGAAUCAGAUGAGAGCUCCAGGAGCCAAGAAAAGGAGGAUAGUUCAGCUUCUUCCGAGUCCCUCUCAGAAACUGAGAACUUGCCCAUAGACCCUCUAGAGGAGAAGGUGUCUUUGUUGGUGCGGUUCCUGCUGCAUAAAUAUCAAAUGAAAGAGCCAAUCACAAAGACAGACAUGAUUGAUGUUGUUAUCAAAGAGUACAAGGAUAACUUCCUUGAGAUCUUUAGGAGAGCAUGUGAGCGCAUAGAGCUGGUCUUUGGCAUUGAUGUGAAGGAAGUUGACCCCACCAGCCACAGCUAUGUCCUCGUCAACAAACUAGACCUCACCUAUGAUGCGAGGCUCAGUGGUGAUGAGGGCAUGCCCAAGACCGGCCUCCUGAUAAUUAUCCUGGGAGUGAUCUUCAUGAAGGGCAAUCAUGCCACUGAGGAGGAGGUCUGGGAAAUGCUGAAUAUGAUGGACUUAUAUUCUGGGAGGAAGCACUUUAUUUUUGGGGAGCCCAGGGAGUUCAUCACCAGAGAUUUGGUGCAGGAAAAGUACCUGGUAUACCGGCAGGUGCCUGACAGUGACCCUCCACACUAUGAAUUCCUAUGGGGUCCAAGAGCCCAUGCUGAAACCAGCAAGAUGAAAUUGCUGGAGUUUUUGACUAAGAUCCAUGGUUCUGACCCCACCUGCUUCCCAAUCCAGUAUGAGGAGGCUUGGAGAGAUGAGGCAGAGAGAGCCCGAGCCAGAGCUGCAGCCAGGGCUGCCACUACUGCCUCAGCCAGUGCGAGUUCCAGUGCCGGUCCAGCAGCUCCUCCCUCCCCUAGUGAAGUCUGA